AUGGCGUCACAGGAGCUUGUGGAUGCGAGAGCCGCUGAUAAUCUGAACCCAGGAAUGGAGGGUGGUGGUGCUGCGCCCAGCAACGGUAAAAACUGUCCUGUCCACACGCCUGGUGGAGAGGAUACAAAGCGGGGUUUUCGGAAAGGCAUAGGGAGGCAUAAUGACUAUGUCAAGAUUUCCGUGCCAGAGUCCAAGGUCAACCGUCUGCCCAUGGAGUGGUGGAAGACAGCGCUGGCCUUCUUUUAUGCUGGCUUUAACUUGGUCCUGACGACUGUUGUCAUCACGAUUGUCCAUGAGAGGGUCCCGCCCAAAGAAAGCAGCCCGCCUCUCCCGGAUAAGUUUUUUGACUAUAUUGACAGGGUCAAAUGGGCUUUUACAGUUACAGAGAUCAAUGGCAUGGUGCUGCUGGCCAUUUGGAUGAUACAGUUGUUCUUCUUCAGAUACAGAUCAAUAGCAAGCAGGCGGUUCUUCUUCCUCAUUGGCACCCUGUACUUGUACCGCUGUGUCACCAUGUACAUCACCACCCUGCCUGUGCCUGGCAUGCAUAUGACUUGUGCUCCUAAGCUUCACGGAGACUCACAGGCAAAAAUCCAGCGAAUUCUGCGGCUGAUUUCCGGUGGAGGUCUGUCCAUGACAAACUCCCACCUCUUGUGUGGAGACUUCCUCUACAGUGGACACACAGUGAUGCUCACCCUCACCUACCUAUUCAUCAAGGAAUACUCGCCACGGUCGUUUUGGUGGUACCAUCUGAUGUGCUGGCUGCUGAGCGCCGUGGGUGUGGUGUGCAUCUUGGUGGCACAUGAGCACUACAGUGUGGAUGUGGUCGUGGCGUAUUUUAUCACCUCCCGCCUGUUCUGGUGGUACCACACGAUGGCCAACUUACAGACUCUGAAAUGCUCGCCGAACAACUACCUCACCAACACCUGGUGGAACCCACUGUUCAACUUCAUGGAGAAGAACGUCCAAACUUCGGUGCCAUGCUCUUACAGUUGGCCCAUCACCUGGCCUCCCGCCUGCCUUAAGAACCCCUGCAAGAAGUACUCGAUGGUACAGAGCACGCGAGAGGAAUGA